AUGACUGGCCGCAAAGCAGUGCUGACACGGCUAGGCCUCGGAGUCAUGGGCUACCCCAUGGCCAAGAACCUGCGCGCCGGGCUGGGGCCCGACAAGACGCUGCUGGUGUGCGACGUCAACGCCGACGCCCUCACGCGCUUCCAGUUCGAGACAGCCGGCCAGGGGCCGGUGAAUGUGGUGCAAAACGGCUUCGAGGCAGCCCAAGCAGCGAACACCGUCAUCACCAUGCUUCCGGGCUCCGACGCCGUCAAGGCCGUCUACCUGGACGCGCACACGGGCAUCCUGGCCGGCGCCGUCGCCGCCGCAGCCACUGCGUCCUCCCCCGACCCCAAGCUGAUUAUGGAAUGCGGCACCAUCGAGAACGACACGAUCCUGGCCGUCGCCAGCGCCACAGCCACAGCCAGCGCGGCCCAGCUCGGCAACACGCUCACGUUCGUCGACGCGCCCGUGUCCGGCGGGCCGAUGGGCGCGCAGGCCGGCACGCUGACGUUCAUGGUCGGGUGCGUCCCGUCUGUCUCGGCGCAAAUCUUCCCCAUCGCAAAAGCGUACCUCGCGCACAUGGGGCUGGCCGACGGCAUCUUCCUGUGCGGGGCCGUGGGGGCGGGCACGGCGUUCAAGAUCAUCAACAACUACCUCAGCGCCAUCACGUCGCUGGCGGCGUCGGAGGCGCUUAACAUUGGCGUCAAGGCCGGGCUCGACCCGGCGCUGCUGACCGACGUCAUCAACGCCAGCGGCGGCCAGUGCUGGGUCACCAGCAAGAGCAACCCCGUGCCGGGCGUGCAGGCCAACGUGCCCAGCAGCCGGGGUUACGAGGGCGGGUUCCGCAUUGAGCUGUGUGCCAAGGUGCUGGGCAUGGGCAGCCGGCUUGCGAGGGAUGUGGGCGCGCGCACGGUGCUGGAUGAGCCGACGCUGGGGGCGUUCAAGGAGGCCAUGGCGGACGAGCGGUACCGCGGCAAGGAUGCACGGGUCGUGUAUAAGUGGUUGAAUGAGAGCGAGGGGGGCAAGGGUGAGUAA